AUGGGAGCAACAACUGUAACGUCAAACCUUCAAGCCUCGGACACUGAGUCUGCUAGGUCUGGAAAGAUUAUCUCAGAAAGUGCCGCUGACGAGACCUUGAGGCUUGUUGAGGAAUAUGGGGAUAAGGUACCUCCACUUGCCGAACAGGGUGAAAAAGCCUCGAGAAGAAAGAUUCAGCUUCACGUGGUUACUCUGGUGUUCAUCAUCAACCUACUUCUCUUCAUUGACAAGGCGACGUUGGCAUAUUCGUCGUAUUUGGGGAUCUUCGAUGAGACGCAUAUCGGCGGAACCGAGUACAACAACUUGAACACCAUAUUCUAUGCUGGCAAGAUACAAAAGCGAUACAUUGUCGCUCAGGGACCUGGACACUACCUUAUGCAGAAGCUCCCCUUGGGGAAAUUCGUCUCGGUGUCAAUCUUCUUGUGGUCUAUCAUCAUAUUCCUCCACUGUACUGCGAAGAGUUACGCUGCCCUGAUCCCUCUCCGAUUCCUUCUCGGGUUCUUCGAGUCCGUCCUCGUGCCUUCGAUGGAGGUAACCAUGGGCAUGUUCCUAACGCCAAAGGAAAUGAUACGCGUUCAGCCAUUGUUCUGGAUAUCUUGCAUGGCUGCCCCUGUACCCGCCGGUUUCAUCGCUUACGGUCUUCUACACACGCAUCACCCAACAAUCCUGCCUUGGAAGUUCUUUAUGAUCAUCACAGGGAGCUUAACGUUCCUGACCGCGAUAUGGGCAUGGUUCUGGUACCCGAACAAUCCAGCACAUGCUCGGUUCCUGAGCUUGGAGGAGAAAGUCAACGCCAUUCGACGAAUCCACCAGGUCACGAAAAGCUCCAUUGAGCAAAAGACAUUCAAGAAGUCGCAACUGAAGGAGGCAAUUCGCGACCCCGUCACCUGGCUAUUCUUCAUGGCGUCGCUUUGUCUCAUGAUGGCAAACAACCUGGCGUACCAACAAAACCUCAUCUUCCUCAAGAUGGGCCAACGAUCCUUCUCCAUUUCUUCCCGAACCGAAGCACGUAUUGGGGGGGCAUUCUGGUGUCUACCAGCCGUCGCAGGGGGUAUUGGCAUGGUGUCAUUGUCAUGGGAGUCGCGCAUUCCGCUGCUUGCGUGCAUGCUGCUCGCAGCCAACACGUUUGGGAUCACAUACAUCAUCGCUUUGGGAUGGACGUCAGCUACAGCCGGAGGAUACACCAAAAAACUGGUGCGGAAUGUGGUGUGGAUGGCUGGCUACAGUAUUUCUAAUCUGGUCUCGCCGCAGAUUUGGGUUGCUAAGGAUGCCCCGCGAUACUAUGGUGCGUGGAUCGCUCAGAUUGUUGUCAGCUGGAUUGGAACGCCAAUCUGUUUGCUUGCCAUCCACUGGAUUCUAUCCCGGCGUAACGAAGAGAGGAAAAUUUGGAUUGCUUCUCAGGAGGCACAGGGACGUAGGCCGGUCGGCUUGGUUGAGCAGAUCGAUGACAAUGGAGAUGUGACACAGGUGGAGGUCGACAUCUCGUUACUUGAUUUGACUGAUUUGGAGAAUAAGUACUUCAUCUACCAGCUCUGA